UGUCGUGUUUGGGUCACAGCAGAGCAAUAUGGCGGUCCCGGGCAAACAAUAUGGGCUGAUCUUGCCCCAGAAGAAAGGAGCAGCCAAGGCGGCAGCCCUGCAGAGACCCUCAGUGUUUGGGGAUGACUCUGAUGACGAGACCUCAGUCGGGGAGAGUCUACAGAAAGAAGCGGUGAAGAAGAAGAUGAUGAAGCAGACCCGUUUGGAGAUGCAGAAAGCCCUGGAGCAGGACAGCACUGUGUAUGACUAUGAUGCUGUGUACGAUGACAUUCAGAAACAGAGACUGGAGAGCAACAAGAAAAUUCUUGGAGGAACAGACAGGAAGCCAAAGUACAUCAACCAGUUGAUGAAAGCUGUCGAAGAGCGAAAGAAAGAGCAAGAACGGAGGGAUGAAAGGAAGAUCCAGAAGGAGAGGGAAGCGGAGGGAGAGCAGUUUGCUGAUAAAGAGGCUUACGUUACCUCCGCCUACAGGCAGAAACUGCAGGAGAGGAAGGAGGAGCAGGAGAGAGAGAGGAGGGAGGCAGAGAUGGAAGCUGCUCUGGAUGUGAGGAAGCAAAAGGACCUGAGUGGCUUCUACCGGCACCUGCUGAACCAGACAGUGGGAGAGGAGGCGAUACCAGAUCGCUCAGCAGAGAGAACUCAGAGCUCAAAGGUUUCAGAAGCUACAGAGAGGACUUCACCCGUACCUUCACCUACCUCCCAUGACAAUUCAUAUAGUGAUACAGAGGAGAGGCAUGAUCAGAAAUCUGGGUUUAGCAAGCCUGGAUCUGGCUCCAGCCACUCUAAGCGCCAGUAUAGACAGAGGUCACCGUCAUCAGGGAGUGGAGAAGAGAAGGAGAAGGAGAAAGAGCGAGAUAGGGACAGACAGAAGAAGAGCCACAGAGACCAUGACAGAGAUAGAGACAGAGACAGAGACAGAGGAAGGGAUAGGGAGACAGAUCGAGACAGAGACAGAAACAGAGACAGAGAUAGAGACAGAGAUAGAGAUGACAGACACGGGGGAAGGAGGGAUGACCGGGACAGAAGGAAAGACAGGGAUAGGGAUAGAGACCGAGGCAGGGAAGAUGACAGAAACAGAGCCAGAGGGGACACGGAGAGGGAGGAGAAGCACGGAAAAAGAGAGAGGAGCCCAAAGGACAGAGAGCGCGAGAAGAACGGGGAAAGAGAGAAGAGGAGGAAUCCGGAUGAGGACAAACGGAAAGAUGAGGAGAGGGAGAGGAGGAAGGACUCGGAGAGGGAGAAGGCAACCAAGAGGGAAGAAAAAGACACAGAGAGGAAGGAGGCAGUAGUAGAAGAGAGUAAGGAGAAAAAGGGUGAGGAAAAGGAGGAGAAAGUGAACAAGUUUGCGAAGCGUAGUAACAAUGAGAGCGUGAGUUCAGCAAGAGAGAGGUACCUGGCUAGGCAGCUGGCCCGCUCUGCCUGCAAGAGCUACGUCGAGAAGGAAGAGGACUGACAGCGGAGUUGUGACCACUGCCAAGACUCCCUGUCUUAAUCUGAUUUGUGGCUGCUUUAAUGGACGUAUCAGAUAUUACGUGCAUACGCCAUGUUUGUAUGCUGUGUAAAUCCCCCUAGCCUUCAAUGCACUGCAGUGGACAGACUCACACAGCAGAGGGCGCUGUAAGACUAAUGGAUUUCCUGAGUUAAAUGGGUGAAUUCUUGUUUCAUUUGUCAUAAAUGACUGAAAUUAGAGUGCUAACAUGUAAAUAUGUGUCUUGAAAGACUUGUGUAAAAAUUUAAGGGCAUGAGUGUUUGGAUGAAGACUAAUAUUGCUUCACUUGAAUGAGGAUGAAUGAAUGGAGGAACAGUUAUGAGCCAGGGUCUUCUGCUUGGGUAAUAAGUUUUCUAUUCCUUGGAGUCAUCUGUUUUGAGUCAAUAAAACAAUCCCAGGUCCAUAGUUUA